UGUCUGCUUCCCUGUCUUUGAUUAGUCCGAAUUCAGCGGACGGUCUGUGAUUGGCUUGAUGUAGCUGGUUCGCCUGCUGUGAGCGGAUGGUUUACUUCUUGCCCAGUGUAUGGUCGGAGGAUGGUUUGGGGUAGCUAACUAUACCACCAGUUCAACACAGGGUUUCAAGUAUUCCUCAGUCACGGAUAUAAACGCCGAUUACCCAGACCACCCGCCGUUUACCCAAACACACCCGCCGUUCAACCCAAACAACCGCCUUUCACCUCAAAAAUCUUCCUCAACAAACGUAUAUGAAAAAGAUAACUGUUUGGGUGAAAGGAAGCCCAUUGACGUGUUUGUGAAACUGUGAAGAUUUUAAAAAAUGGCGGUUACUGAUGAAACCAUCGCCGUUUAAACAAAAAAAAUCUUAUCUUAGGCAAGCCUUUUCAGACUGAUAUGGAAAACUCUGGAAUGUUUCUAUCCUCUCCCCGCCCCCUUCUCCCACCUCAGUUCCUCCUCCCCUCCUCAAGACUAACUGUCCCGCCCACCUCCUUGUUUAGGACCACGCCCUCCUCCCCUGACUCUACCAGGUUCCCCUGCUCCGCCUACUCAAUAGCCCGCCUUGCUGGCCUUCAGUCUGAGGAUAUCGUCUCCCCGACCUCAACUAAGGACGAGGACGACUACGAGGACGAGGACGGGUCGGAGCUAGACCUUGUCGGAGAUUUCGAUUCCAGCAGCCCUGGCUCCGGGAAGGGUCGAGGAAAGAGAGAGAAGGGCGGCGGGGGAAAGGUGAAUGAUUUGGAGUCCAAGAAGAUUCAACGGUUGAGCAUUAAUGCGCGUGAGCGUCGGAGAAUGCACGAUCUGAAUGAUGCAUUAGAUGAUCUUAGGAAUGUGAUACCGUACGCACACUCUCCGUCAGUGCGUAAACUGAGUAAGAUUGCUACCCUUCUGUUAGCUAAGAACUAUAUCCUGAUGCAGACCAGCGCGCUGGAAGAAAUGCGUAAGCUGGUCAACUACUUGUCCCACUCUGCUGGUAUACCUGUACCCUGCCUUCCCACCCCCUCCCUGGGGAUUCCCCCUCCCCCCUUUCCCCUUCAAAUACCGGGGGAAUCCACCCGCCUACCUUCCUCACUUUUCCCCAGGUUGUCGGGUCCCCUUCUCCAUUCUUCACAUUUCCCCCCCUCCUCCCUACCCUUGUCUCUCAGCCAAUCUUUAUCUAUGUCCCAUACUGACGCAAUAGUUUCACACCUAGAGGACAAAAAAUGAAACCAAAAUAAUAAUUUAUGUUAUAAAAAAUAUCAUUUGUAUUUAAUCGCUACCAACAAAUUAUG